AUGAAGCUUAAAUCAGAACCUAAAAAAUCAUUCCAGAGAAUUGUUCAAAUCAGAAGAACAUUAAGAAAAAAUAAAGAAAAGCUUCUUAACUCUUUGGAAGCUCACAAAACUCCUGGGACACAAAAAAACACAAAAAAGGCGCGAAGCAUUAAGAAAGAAAAUAAUUCGCAAGAAACACCACUUAAUCAAGUUGACAGUAAUGUUUACAACCAAGAGAGCUCAAAUAUUAAGCCAAUUUUUAGAGUAUGCCCAGUAACUAUAUUAUACUCAGACUCAUCAGGGAUCAUUUCUACUGAUAAAUUAGAAGUCUCUAACAUAAAAAUUGAAGCAGAGACAGACUUCACAGUGAAAAAAACUGAAGAAAUUAAAAAUGAAGCUCAUGAAAUAUUACUUGAAAAAGAUAUAUAUCCAAAUUCACUUAAAGUUUCUCCAUCACCAUAUGAACUCAAGAAUAAAGAUAAUGAAUGUAAUAUGUACUCCAGUAGUGAAAGUGGGUUUGAGUUUGAACCGCUUCCUCUGUGCUUUUAA